UGAACGCACCACGGGUUGGUUUUCUUGUAGUACAGCCGUAUGAAGGUCUGUGUUGGGAAAGUCCACAAUCAGAGCGCUGUGUUGCUGCUGCCACCUAAAAACAGACAGAUAUAUAAAACUAUUCUCCCAACGGACCCAUGACACUUUCCUAGGAAGGCGAGCACUCCUUUCAACAAUGGAGAAGGCUCCCUUCAGGCAGACCCAGACCUUCGGGGACUGGGAGCUGAAGGAAAGGUUGGGUAUAGGAGGCUUUGCCCAUGUUUACCUCCUCCAGAACUGCCAAUCAAAGGAAAAAAUAGCAGUGAAAAUGUGUCGUCUGGACCUCACACCAAGGAACAGGGACAGAUGGUGCAGAGAAAUACAGAUCAUGAAAAAGCUGGAGCAUGUUAAUGUCGUGACUGCAAAGGAGGUCCCAGAGGAAAUUAAGACGAUUGCCUUAAAUGAUCUUCCGCUCCUGGCCAUGGAGUACUGCUCCAGGGGAGACCUGAGAAACGUGCUGAGUAAGCCUGAAAACUGCUGCGGUCUGAGAGAAAGUGAAGUGCUUUCUUUGCUCCAUGAUGUUGGAAAUGGCAUUCAGUAUCUGCACGAACACAAGAUCAUACACAGGGACCUUAAACCUGAAAACAUAGUGCUCCAAGACUGCAACGGAAAGGUGAUUCAUAAAAUCAUUGACUUGGGUUACGCCAAAGAUCUGGACCAGGGCAGUCUGUGCACUUCGUUUGUGGGAACUCUUCAAUAUCUGGCUCCUGAGCUGUUUGACAACAAGCCAUACACAGUUGCUGUAGACUACUGGAGCUUUGGCACCAUGGUUUUCGAAUGCUGCUGUGGUUUCCGUCCUUUUCUGCACAACUGGCAACCUGUGCAGUGGGCUGGCAUAGUGAAAAAUAAAGGUCCAAAAGACAUAAUGGCAGUGGAGGAUUCAAAUGGGGAAGUCAAGUUCUCAACACAUCUGGCACAUCCAAACAAUCUCAGCAGGACUUUGGUGGAACCGCUGGAAAACGUCCUGCAGUUUAUGCUGAAGUGGAAUCAAGAGCAGAGAGGAGGCCCAGUUCAGCGGCUCACAAAGAAACCCAUGUGCUUUGAGAUGCUUGACGAGUUACUGAAUAUGAAUGUCGUCCACAUCCUAAACAUGACCACAGCUCAGGUCCUUUCCUUCAAACUAAGUCCAGAUGAGAGUCUUCAUAGUCUGCAGCUGCGCAUUGAGGCUGAAACCAAGAUUGAAGUUGUGAAUCAGGAGCUGCUGCAGGAGACGGGCGUCUCUCUGGACCCCAGGAAGCCCGCUAACCAGUGUGUCCCGUUGGAUGGCAUGAGAGGCUGGGAUGAGUAUAUUGUUUACUUGUUUGACAAGAGCAUCACCAACUACUCUGGUCGCUUGAAUGCCAGACUCCUUCCUGAGCGAGUCAACAACAUCGUACAAGAUUCGAAAAAGCCGUUACCUCUGAUGGAGUUAAAGAAAGUUUGGGGGGAAGCAGUGAACUACAUCUGUGGUCUAAAGGACGACUACAGCAGACUCUUCCAAGGCCAGAGAGCUGCCAUGCUGAGCCUCCUGCGCUUCAACACCAACCUGACCAGGUAUAAGAACAGCAUGUUCGGCUUCUCUCAGCAGCUCAGAGCCAAGCUGGAUUUCUUUAAGAGUAGCAUCCAGUAUGACCUGGAGAAAUACAGCGACCAGAUGCACUAUGGGAUAUCUUCUGAAAAGAUGCUGAAAGCCUGGCAGGAAAAUGAAGAAAGAGCUGCUACCUUUGCACAGGUGGCAGAAGUGAGCCAUUUGGAGGACGAGAUCAUGGCUCUGCACUCUGAGAUUGUGGAGCUCCAGAGGAGCCCGUAUGCUCGGCGACAAGGAGACAAGAUGGAGCUGCUAGAAGGGAAGGCAAUCGAGCUCUACGUGCAGCUGAAGAGGACAUGCAAAGCUGCUGACUCCGAUGGCACCGGCGACAGCUCUGAAAUGGUGAAGGCAAUCAUCCAGACGGUUCAGAACCAAGACAAGGUUCUCAAAGAUCUGUACACCCACCUGAGCAAAAUCCUGAAUAGCAAACAGAAGAUCAUUGACCUUUUUCCACGGAUAGAGAAAACCCUGGAGAACAUCAAAGACGCUGACAACACAGUGAUGCAAAUGCAGAUCAAGAGACAGAAAGAGUUCUGGCAUUUACUCAAGAUUGCCUGUGCCCAGAACUCUUCUCGGAACUCCAUGGCAGCCAGUCCAGAGUCCUCCCAUCUGCUGCAGGUUUCUCCAUGGUCCCAAUCCGCUCAGCCUGUCAGCUCCCCUCAUCCCCUGACGUCGCUGCCUGGACGUAAUGACAGCAGCGCUGCUCCACGUCUGCUGCAGGAGAACCAGAAGUACCUCAGUCAGCUGACCAAUCUGAUGCAGGAGGCCACGGACGAACAAGCAAAGAGCAUAGUGGAGCAAGACUGGAGCUGGACAAAAUACGAAACGUUAACGACAAAACUAAAAAAGCAAAACGCAUAAAUCCCUGCCUUCCUCCUCCUUUCCCUCCGGUGCUCAGAGUGACACUAAGGGCAGUCGGCUCGGUGGAAUGACAUCAUGCAGCGUGCAGCCUUAUGUGGUGUCCGUCUUCUCCUAUCAUCCCACACGGUGGAAGGUUGGCUAAAUAAAUAACCCUGUUUUUAUACCAGAGAUUAAAGCUGCGUCUCCACUCCUUUCCAUCGUGCUGCGCAAUUUCCCGUGGCAGAUCUCAUCGUCCUGCGGGGGUGGUAUCUCUGAGCUAACUGUAGCGCCGGAGGAAACGUGGGAAACCUUGUGGCACGGGGGAAAUAAAAACAGGAAAUGUUCUGGGUGGAGAUCUGGGGGGAGGGAUGGAAGAGGAGAUGAAAGCACUUUGAUACUCCCAUGUAGCCUCUGUGAAGACGAUCUGCUGAAGCAGCGUCAGAAUUCACAGAAACAAAAAAACAGAAACCGUUAAUCACUCACCAUCGGUUUUGGAUAUUUUACUAUUGAUGUUUUCGGGGGUUUACGUUACGUGUCUGUUUUUGAAGCUAGUGUAUUCAAUCAUAAGAAAAGGUGUUUUCUGUCAUGUGUGCCUCAUACAUGGCUGGCCAUCAUCGUGUUCAUACAUUGUCUAUACUGUAAAUGUCUUUUAACUAUGAUAGAGGCGGGGCUUUUUGGAGCGGAGGUUCUCUGCUGCAUUCAUGUCAAAAUCUCACAGAAAUUCUUUAAUUGAACAUUUAUUUUCCUUCUUUAUUUUGUAAAGACCCAUCCUACAGCCUGGAUUUAUUACUGGCAUGCAGAUAUUAUAACCAUGCUGUCCUUAAACCUAACCUUGUAUUCAGUGGAGUGAAAGUGGCCACAUUCCUACGGUAGGACAUAAAUUACAGCUGACUG